CACACACAUAUGUGUAUUUAUAUAGGGGAUGAAAUAGUAAAAAUAACAUGGAAAGGCGGAAAAUGCGUAAAUCUUUAUUAAAUUGAUAUGUUGUGUAUUAAUAACAAUAUUAUCUAUUCUCUCGAGGAACACGUGGCAAAGGAACUGACAGAAAUUCAAGAGAGUGACAUUUGCGCAUGUUCGAUGUUUUGGCGCCGCGGCGACAUUUCCCGCGACGUGCUUGCAGUUUCGCGUGAGCUUGCAAUGGUGGAGGACGCUUUGACGACCGGUGACAAUUUCGAGAAUCUUUGUUGAAAGGCGUAUCAACGUGCAGAUUUAUCGCAUCUCAUGAUAAUUCAAACUAAGGAUCUCGCUAAGGACACCGACGGUGAUAUGUCUACCUACGAAAGGUCGAGCGACACGCAUCAUCUAACGACGAUGACAAGGAUCGUCGGGGUGUGCACUGCUGUUGGAAUUUUAUCUCGAAGACCGCGGCGGGAUAGAAAUGAUCCUUCUGUUUUUACUUCGAACGAGGAGGGGAUGAAGCGCGAGAAACACUCCGCUUUUCAUUACCGCAUGAAAGUUGUGUGCGGCGUCGGCGCGGAUGUGGCGUACCAUCGACAUGUCAUGGGGCUUUACGUUACGGCGGCAUCGGGUGUGAUCUUCUUUCUCGAAGUAACUUGGGCCAUUACGCUGUUUGUGCAGCUCUGCGUCAGAAACGAAGAUUCUCUCUGCUCAUGUUGUUGGUCCACUGUUUUGACAACUACACGAGGCUGGCGAAAAGCGUUGCUGUAUUUGCCAUUAUCAUGCGUCUUGGCAUGGCGACCCAAUAGACUUUGGCUCUCCUACGUUGCGGAUACGGUUUGCAGCCGGCCUGUUGGCGGUAUUGUCCUUGCUGCAUAUUGCAUCGAGUGCAUUAGGACGACGAGAUUCUUGCCAAUCGAACGUCGGAACCGAUUCCGUAGGCGAGAGUCUCUUGAACUCCAGGCAGGACAAUUACGAUCGCUUCGAGGAAGUCCUAGUAACGGAGGUUCUCGAUGACGGCGUAUCAGGAUCAGGUCGCUGUCCCGGGGAUAGCGAUGGUGAGAUAUGACACGAGCGACGGUCCUCCUGGGCUAGCGAAUCCGACGAGGACAGCGAGCUUGAACAGAGGACAUGUCAAAUCGCCACGUUAUCUUAGAUCUGACAAAUCUUUGAUCCGAUUUGAUCCUGUGAAAGCAAAUGAUUCUGCUCGUGGCAAAGAAACAAACAUUACAAAUACGCGAGGCCGUAAUAAUGCCUUCUAAAGUUAUGCAAAAUAAAUGACUAAAAAGUCAUUUUGUGUGCGAGACUUAAUCUAAAAAUCUAAAAAAAAGAUAAAGGAGAAAAGCAUACUGAAUUUACUAAUUAUUAAAUUUGCAUAAAUCUGCAUAAAUCUAAAUACGAUAAUAUAGUAAUGGAAGAGAGGUAUAUUGUAUGCGCAUAGGUACACGGAGGAAUGAAAAAAUGCAUAAAUAUUUUUCUUAGAUAGAUAUUUCUUACCCAGACAUUACAAAAAAGCCAAAAGAUCUAAGAGACGUCUAAAGAAUAAUAAAACGUCUUUAAGCCGUUUUUUAAAAAUAUAUUUUGUCUGGAUAGUUUAUAGGUGAUGAUUUUCUAUGCAUUAUGCAUUUUAGAACAUAACAGGUACAAAUAUACGUAUAAUAUUAUAAUGCAUGAUAUGUACAAAACUAUAAAACUUCGAUAAAGUGAUUAUUCAGUAUGCUACUAAAUUAUUGUAUACACGUUAUGCUAAUAAAUACUUUCUAAAAGUA